AUGGCCACUUUCCCCGACUUCCCAGAGCAAUUGCUCCAGCGUUCCCAGGCCUUUGAUGAUGCCGCCGAGGAUUCAGCCCCCGAAGUUGAUAAUGGCACCACUAGUGGUGCUAAGCAGGGUGAGCCACCAAUUGCUGAAGCCCCCGAUGUAGCAGCCCCUUCAUCGUCUCGAGGAAAGAAAAAGGGUCUCCAUCGGGCGGUGGGCAAGGAUCAGAGCGACAACCAGGUUUCUUCCAUGAAGGAGGCCUUCACGCUCUUCGACACCGACGGCGACGGCCGGAUCGUGCCAUCGGAGCUUGGGAUCCUUAUGAGAUCCCUCGGCGGGAACCCUACCCAGGCGCAGCUCAAAUCCAUCAUCGCCGAGGAGAAUCUCUUGGCGUCAUUCGAUUUCCCGCGGUUCCUGGACCUGAUGGCCAAGCACACGAAGCCGGAGCCGUUCGAUCGCCAGCUUCACGACGCCUUCAAGGUCCUCGACAAGGACGCCACGGGAUUCGUCUUCGUCGCCGAACUCCGCCACAUCCUCACCAGGAUCGGCGAGAAGCUCGAGCCGGCUGAGUUCAACGAGUGGAUUCGCGAGGUCGACGUCAACUACGACGGAAAG